AUGGCGGAUGAUCUCGAUCACCAUCGGGAUAAGCGGCAAAGAGUGGAUUCGGAUAGAGAUCAAGAGGCGGAACACAUGGAGGUAGAACCCCUUAGAGAGGCUACCAACCACGACCGGAACGAUGAGAUGGACGUAGACCGUGGACCAACUGCCCAGGGAAAGCGUGCCGGACCGGGAGAAAAUGAGCAGGCUGCACGGCUCAUGGUGGAUGAGAAGACUCUGGAGCAACUACAGAAAGACAUGGGCGAAGCCUUUCUUCUCUGCAGAUCCAAAGUUGAGCGCCAGAGACCGAAUCCGCAGCAGCAUUUGUUGGCAUUGUACGGGCUGGGUCCCUUGUUGCACAGUGUCGCUCGUACCGAUCCCAGGACGGGUGAGAAAAUCAACAAGCUGCGGAAAUCGUACGAAGGCCAAAUCAAGGGAUUCGCUUUGGCCGGGCGGAAUAAACCGGUCAAGGGCGAACGCAACGUCGAGGAAGAUCAACCCGGACCGUUACGGCGCAUGGCCGGGUCGUCUCCGUGGGGUCUUCAACCGAACGAGCAGUGGAAUGCCGAGCAUGCGAAAUCCAGCAUUGAGGUGACGCCCGACUUCCGAGCCAAGCUAAAACAAGCCAUGCAAAUGCAGCCAGGGACAGUUCGCAAUAACGCUCACUGGGAGGACAUGCUCGGAUUCGACAAACCAAAACCGGGUGUGGCUCCGGCGCAGCAGCAGCCGCCAUCAAUCCCUCGACCGGUUGCAAAUGGAGUGUUGCGACAGGCUCAUCAGCCUUCUGCCGAAGCAAAACGACAGACCCGUGGAAAAAAGCGGAGUUAUGGUGAUGACAGCUUUGUCGGGUACGGGGAGGGCUAUUCGGAUCCUGAAGACGGCGAUGGCGACGAAUAUGGCAGCCAGAGAAAGAGGAAAAAGGUGACAGUUACGGACUACUGA